AUGUGUCAAUUAAUGGUCCAUUUAUUCAGUGUUCAGUUUCCUUUGCGCGAUGAAGCCGUGGCAGAUAGCUGUUGUAAUAUUUUGGGUCGCCAGAGUCCCUCCAUGCAGUUUCCAGUUCCUGAGAGAAGUCCAUCAUUCUCGGUCCUGCAUCAUAGUUGUGCACACUUCGCACCUUUCCACAAACUAGCUUCUUACCGGCAAGGAUACACAUUGCGUCCAGCAGACUGCGCUGACGAGGAGGACCCCUGUUCGUAAACCUUUCGAGAGACUUUAGGCCCUCAAUGCUCACUGAUACCUACGUUCUUCACCCUACCCCAUCUGGAUGAGAUGAACACCAUAAGAAAAAGCGGACUUAUCCGUUAUUGUACCGAAGUCUUCAUGCUCCGAAUUCAGCGACGCUGCUUCUCUCGGUACCCGCCCAUUACUUCCUUUCCGCAUCAAAAUGGCACCGAAAGGGGCGCAUGGUGUCUACCGCACAAACAGCAGCAGACACGCAGAUGGAAAGAGUGAGUCGUCCAGGAAUGGAGGAUUGGGAAACAAUCGACAUCCGAAACUAGAGAUAUCCUUUUUGGUAAACUCUGGGGCCUCUGCUAACGGGAGUGAAAACGGCUCCAUAGCCCGACAAUCUAGCAGGCGCUCAGGUAAAGGGUUCUCGACAACAAGCACGGGGGGGGCAAAAAGAUUCAGGUGUGAAUCUUGUUCGGCGACCUUCGCGCAAAGCCACGACGCUUCGAAGCAUAAAAGGUUUGUCAACGACCCGACCAAGUGUUCGUCUCUUUUUCGUUUGAUAUCAGCGUGAGCUCUAAUUUGGAGGACGUGAAAUUGCUUCUUCGUUCCGUUCUGUGGCGUUUCGUUCUAUUCUUUCCAAGAACGGUACACGAAAAACUGCGCCCAUAUAGAUGCGACAUCUGCCAAAAGACUUUCGGGGAAAAAGGUAUGAGGUCUUCUUUGAUAUCACAUCAGAAUAUCUCGUUGCUCUAGUACACCGUCAGAACGCUGACAGCAAACGAAUUGACCGUAUCCUCCUGUUCUUUGCAUAUUUUCCUCAUGCAUCCACCAGGUAACCUUAGCAAGCACAAGAAAUCAGUUCACUUGAAUGAACGGCCAUUUUCAUGCGAACAAUGCUCUUCGUCUUUUGCAUUCAAAGACGGCCUGCAGCGACACCGGUCUCUUGUACACUUCGACCAACGCCCUUUUGUCUGCCCCACUUGUGGGGCAGACUUCAAGCAGAUCUCUCAGCUGAGGAAGCACUCUUGCACCAAGAGUUAACCAGAAACUACGAGGCGCAGUGGGUAACCCCGAUACAGGCUGGAUUCCUUCGCUCCGAUUGCCACGAAGUCAAUUCUGUAGCUUUUGUAGACAUGUUCGUACAAGGAAUAGAUUCAUUAAAUCGUUUGGCAACACUAAAAA